GCAGGGACAUGGUCCAGCAGGACAUAGGAUGGGACAGGUGCUGCCCUGAGGAGCUUAGUGCUUCAUCAGGCGGACUUCAAUAGUGCAGGAGACUGACCAGCACUGCAGCCCAAAGGAAGGUCUGAGGGAACCGGCCCAGGAAGGGGUUUUACGGAAGACGAGACAGCAAGGCGUGGGCCGCAGGAGCUAGGGCCAGUGGGUGAGGAGCCCCAGAUACCAGGCAAGGACACCAAGGCCAUGAUGAGUGCAGAAGACACACCUGGAGGCCAAGCCAGCCCAAACCCUCAGGACUUGAGGCGAAGUGUGUUCUAUAGCAUCAAGUUCUUCGUCCUGUGUCACAGCCUGCUGCAGCUGGCACAGCUCAUGAUCUCCGGCUACCUCAAGAGCUCCAUCUCCACAGUGGAGAAGCGCUUUGGCCUCUCCAGUCAGACCUCAGGGCUGCUGGCUGCCUUCAACGAGGUGGGGAACACAGCCCUGAUUGUGUUUGUGAGCUACUUUGGCAGCCGGGUACACCGGCCCCGACUGAUCGGCUACGGGGCUGCCCUUGUGGCCCUGGCAGGCCUGCUCAUGAGCCUGCCACACUUCAUCUCGGAGCCAUACCGCUACGACCAUGCUAGCUCCGUGGACAUGCCACAGGAUUUUGAGGCUUCUCUGUGCCAGCCCACAACCUCGGUCCCAGCCCCAACCCCAGCCCCCUCCAACAGCAGCUGCUCAAGCUACAUGGAGGCCCAGCACCUGGCUGUGGUGGGGAUAAUGUUCACGGCCCAGACCCUGCUCGGCGUGGGCGCGGUGCCCAUUCAGCCCUUCGGCAUCUCCUACAUCGAUGACUUUGCCCACAACAGCAACUCGCCUCUCUACCUUGGGAUCCUGUUUGCAGUAACCAUGAUGGGGCCAGGCUUGGCCUAUGGGCUGGGCGGCCUCAUGCUGCGCCUUUAUGUAGACAUCGACCGGAUGCCAGAAGGUGGUAUCAGCCUGACCUCGAAGGACCCCCGAUGGGUGGGGGCCUGGUGGCUGGGCUUCCUCAUCUCCGCCGGUGCGGUGGCCCUGGCUGCCGUGCCCUACUUCUUCUUCCCCAGGGAGAUGCCCAAGGAGAAGCACGAACUCCGCUUUCGGCAAAGGGCCUUGGCAGCCGCAGCCUCCUCUGUCAGCAAAGGUGAAGAUUCUCCCGCUGAGCAGAACCCAGGGGAGUCCCAAGAGAAGCAGGCUAGCCUCACCCAGAUUGCACCAGACCUGACGGUGAUCCAGUUCAUCAAAGUGUUCCCCAGGGUGCUGCUGCGGACCCUGCGCCACCCCAUCUUCCUGCUGGUGGUCCUGUCCCAGGUGUGCAUGUCGUCCACGGUAGCAGGCAUGGCCACCUUCCUGCCCAAGUUCCUGGAGCGCCAGUUUUCCGUCACAGCGUCCUACGCCAACCUGCUCAUAGGCUGCCUCAGCAUCCCGUCGGCCAUCGUGGGCAUCGUGGUGGGGGGCAUCCUGGUCAAGCGCUUCCACCUGGGCCCCAAGCGUUGUGGUGCCCUUUGCCUGCUGGGGGCGCUGUUCUGCCUUCUUCUCAGCCUGCCCCUCUUCUUCAUGGGCUGCUCUACCCACGAGAUUGCAGGCAUCACCCGCCAGCCUGGCAACCUGCCUGGACCGGACCUGUUUCCAGCCUGCACAGAGCCUUGCUCCUGCCCAUUGGACGACUUUAACCCUGUCUGUGACCCCAGAACCCAUGUUGAAUACCUCACACCCUGCCAGGCAGGCUGCACAGGCCGGCUGGUCCAGGAAGCCCUGGACAAAAGUCAGGUUUUCUACACCAACUGCAGCUGCGUAGUGGGGGGUGGCCCUGUGCCGGCGGGCGCCUGCGACUCAGCCUGCAGCCACCUGGUGCUGCCCUUCAUGCUCCUGGUCAGCUUGGGUGCGGCCCUGGCCAGUCUCACCCACACACCUUCCUUCAUACUCAUCUUAAGGGGAGUGAAGAAAGAAGACAAGACUCUAGCUGUGGGAAUCCAGUUCAUGCUCCUGAGAGUUUUGGCCUGGAUGCCCAGCCCAGUGCUCCACGGCAGCGCCAUCGACACCACCUGUGUGCACUGGGCCCAGAGCUGUGGGCGUCGGGCUGUUUGCCGCUACUAUGACCACGACUUGCUCCGAAACCGGUUUGUUGGUCUCCAGUUCUUCUUCAAGAUGGGCUCCCUGGCCUGCUUUGCCUUGAUUUUGGUCAUCCUAAGGCAGCAAGACAAAGAGGAGGGGACCCAGGUGACCGUCUCCACAUCUGGCCUACAGCAGCAGCUGUUGGCGUCGGGGCCAGGAAAGAAGCCUGAGGAAUCCAGAGUGUGAGCUGGCCCCAGAGGAGCAGGAGUACCUCCUCUGCACCCUUCGUCCAAU